GGAAGAUUGGUUAAGAGUAUUCAACCUACCAUUGGAAAAGUUUAUCAACGCUGCAGUCGAGGUCGAAAUGGGUUAUUUCGAUCGUAGAACGAUUCCCUUGCUGGUCAUCAUCGUAGGUCUAUCGGCAGCGCUGAUUGCCGUGUGCAUCGAUGCGUACGCUGGUGAUUCCGAUGACAACGAACAACCAAAAGUACCGGAUGCUGAAUCACCGCUGGAUUGCGAACGUCCCUCGGUGACGACGGCUAGCGGAUUGCAAGUGAAACGUAGUGCCUUCUGUCCCGGAGAGCUCAUUUUUGAAGACACCUUCGACCGGUUGGACUUGGAGAAGUGGCAGCAUGAGCACACGUUGAACGGUGGAAGUAAUUGGGAGUUCCAAUAUUACCUCAAUAGUAGACGAAACUCCUACGUGAAGGACGGCAUAUUCUACAUCCGACCGACGCUUCUAUCGGCGGAGACAGGUGAAGAAUUUCUCUCCAGUGGGUUGUUGAGCAUCCACGGAGGAACGCCCUAUGAUUUCUGCACUGAUCCGGCCAACUACGGGUGCGAACGGCAGGGAUCACCGCAAAACUACAUAAAUCCGAUCAAGAGUGCCCGCGUGCGUACGGUGCAUUCGUUCAACUUCAAGUACGGCAAGGUUGAGAUACGCGCCAAACUCCCGACUGGUGACUGGCUGUGGCCUGCGCUUUGGCUAAUGCCGAAGUUGAACCAAUACGGCACGUGGCCCUCCUCGGGCGAGAUCGAUCUGAUGGAGAGCCGCGGUAAUCUCGACUACAGCGUCAACGGAGCGCAGCUGGGCGUAGAACACGUAGGCACGACGCUUCACUUCGGCCCACAUCCAGGACUGAACGGAUACGAAAUGGCCACCGCGGCCAAAUAUUCAGCGACUGGGCAGGGUUUCAACAAAGAUUUCCAUCGUUAUCAGCUCGAGUGGACUCCAGAUUACAUGCGGUUUUCAGUCGACGAUGAGCAGGUGAUGCAGGUGAACGGCAAUUUCUGGGAACUGGGGCGUUUCGACGACCGUGCUCCUAACACACCCAAUCCGUGGGUCAGCGGCGGCAAGAUGGCACCGUUCGAUCAGGAGUUUUACAUCAUCCUUAAUCUGGCCGUCGGUGGUACGAACGGCUAUUUCCCCGAUUCCCCAGCCACCAAUGCGAACGGUAACAAACCAUGGGCGAACCAGUCUCCGACAGCGCUGCGUGACUUCUGGAACGGACGCUCCGACUGGUUACCCACAUGGAAGCUAGAGGAAAACGAGAGCGUGGAAGCAUCCCUACAGGUGGAUUAUGUGCGCGUGUGGGCAUUAUAAGGCCCGGGGACGCGCAAGCAUGAGAAUGGGUGACUAUAUUAGGUUCGCUUCUUCUUUUUAUGCUCUGUACGAUUGGGGUUUCCUUGAACGCGUUUGACCUUGAGAGGCACGUACGCUUGCUGGAACGGCCUCCGAUUGAUGAGCUGUUGUUGCGGUUUACUCUUCGUAACGGCGCUACUGCUACUGUAGCCAGAGAGUGAAAUAAAAUGCUCAGACUCUUCCGAA